UAGGCUUGUUUCCUUUCCAAUGUCGAACGAAAAGUCAGAAAAAGAUAGUAAUUGGGAUGAAAACGAAUUAAAACGAUUGAAGUAGUAUAUAUAACGAAGUCAAUAUUAUGUACCACAUACGUCCUUUACAUUGCAAAUAUUAAUAAGUAAUUAAUCAAAAAAUGGGUGCGGUUGUAAAAUAUGUAAUAGCCGGCUUAGUUAGGUAUUGGCUUAUUCAUACAGACUUUUGGCAUACACUAUCCAAUAGGGUAGAAAUAGCGACUCCCUUAAAUUCAUGGAAGAGGUUAAUUGAAGGUGUUUAUUUAUACGACCAAAACAUUAAUCCGUACGAAGGAGAUGCUUUCCACGAAUCACCGAUAGUGUUAGUGAUUUUCCAUUAUCUUUUAAAACAUGUCCCGUAUAGCCUACCAUUUAUAUUCAGUGCAAUGGACCUCCUCACUGCGUAUCUUCUCUACAAAACCUCGAGAGGUUUUGUCAGAAUCUUCCUUAACUGUCAAGAGAAAUAUUUAUCAGAUGUGUCUCAGGAAUCAAAGGAUAUGGUUAUGACAGAAAGUCAGUUAAAAGAGACAUCUGAAUAUGUUCUGUCUGUCUAUUUAUUUAAUCCAUACUCUAUAUUGAACUGUGUUGGGAUGACAACAACAGUUUUGCAGAAUAUGUUGUUAGCUGCAGCACUUUGUGGUGCGGCUCAUGGAUAUGUGAUAAUAUCCUGUGCGUUCUUAGCCUUUGCUACUCAUCAAGCAUUAUACCCUGUCUUACUGAUAGUACCAACGGCUAUGAUAUUGGCUGAAGUGAACAAGGGAUGUAAUAAAUGUUCAUAUAUUAAAACAUUGUUGGCCUUUGUUUUGAGUUGGAGCUUUGUGGUUUAUAUAUCUGCAUUUAUAAUGGAUGGUUCUUAUAAUUAUGUUUACAAUACAUAUGGUUUUAUAUUGACUGUUCCAGACCUAAAACCAAAUAUUGGACUUUUUUGGUACUUUUUCACGGAAAUGUUUGAGCACUUUAGAUUACUGUUUGUAUGUGCUUUCCAAAUAAACGCCCUGAUACUGUACAUAGUACCAUUGACUUUGCGAUUUAAGAAGGAACCAAUAUUAUUGGUGACUGUGCUAUUAGCACUGUCAACUGUAUUCAGAUCUUACCCUUGUGUGGGUGAUGUUGGCUUCUAUAUGGCAUUCAUACCAAUGUGGAAACACCUUUUUACAUUUAUGCAACAAAAAUUUAUUGUGGCCUGUGCAUUCAUCAUUACUUCAGCUUUGGGACCGACAGUAUGGCAUUUGUGGAUAUAUUCUGGAUCAGCUAAUGCCAACUUUUUCUUUGGUGUCACCUUAUCUUUUGCAACAGCACAAAUAUUCCUUAUAACUGACUUAUUGUUUGCAUAUAUUAAAAGAGAAUAUACUCUUAAGAAUGGAUCUUCGAGGACCAUUGAUGGAAAACCUGCCAAAUUAGUUCUGCGAUAAUUACUGAACUGUAAACUGAAAUGACAGAAAUAUGCAUAAAACUUGUACAAUGACUUCUUAUGUGUGCAGCUUUAGCAUUCAGAAAAAAAAUGACAGUUAUGCAGAUGUCUGAAUGAUACAUUCGUGCAGUAAUAUAUUACAUAUUGAAGACCAAAAAAAUUUUUCAUUCUUUAGUAACAUCUCCAUAUCACCAUUUCGUUGAAUAGAGUAUGUUGAUCAGUUGAGACAGUAUACAUUCAUUCAAUUCAGCAUUUAAAUUAGUAAUUUUAGGGUAUUAUAAUAUAAGACAAGAAGCAAAGACUUGUAUAACUAAUGACUGUAACUAAAUUAAUGAUAAAAGGCAUACAAUCUUUUAAGUACAGCUAAAAUAUUUUCUAUAUCUGACUGUCACUUAGUACCAUUCAAUAUUUAUAAUUAAUAUCGACGCUUGAAAGACAAAAGUGACUAAGCGACAAUGCGUGAACUUUACAGUAGACUAAUAUAAAGUUGAA